GUACUGCGCAGGUCUGCGUAAUCUAUGGGCGCCAACUACACAAUCGCGAAAUGUGAAUAUAGAAUACAACGUUGUGUUUAAUCUGUUGAGUGUUUGUUGCCGGCUUAGUUUAGAUUGUUAAAGUAGCCACGUGCGUGAUGCAAUAACUUUAACUGUGACAAUCUACUAAAAAUGUGCCAUAACAAUACCUUAAAUUAAUAUAUUUUUUAUUGGAAAAAUUUUCAUUAUUGAAAAUGAGUAGUGUAACAACUCCUGUCUCGAAUGGAAGCUUUAAUAAACAUGAAGACUCCGAUGAAAAUACGGUGAAACUCCAAAGAAAAAUUACUCUUAUGAAUGGAGUUGCUAUUAUUGUCGGAACUAUCGUGGGUAGUGGGAUUUUUGUAUCUCCUACUGGGGUUUAUGCCGGUACAAAAUCCGUUGGGUUAUCGAUAUUAAUAUGGUGUCUUUCAGGAGUUUUUUCUAUGCUGGGAGCCCUUUGUUAUGCAGAAUUGGGGACUGCAGUAACAAGAUCUGGUGGCGAUUACGCUUAUAUUUACGUUGCAUUUGGACCACUCGGAGCAUUCCUAAUGUUAUGGGUUUCAUUACUCAUAAUACGACCAACUACUCAAGCUAUAGUUGCUAUAACUUUUGCCGAAUAUGCCGCUAAACCGUUCUUUCCGGAAUGUCGACCUCCUGAAAAUGCCAUUCGAUUACUAGCAGCCGUUUGCCUCUGUCUGCUGACUGCUAUUAACUGUUUGAGCGUUAGAUGGGCCAUGAGAAUACAGAGUGUAUUUACUUACGCUAAAAUUUUAGCUUUAAUCGCCAUUAUCAUUUUUGGGAUAUAUCAUUUAGGAAGCGGACAUACGGAAAAUUUCCACAAUGCAUUCGAUGGUAAAUAUGAGAUAUCAACAAUUGCUUUAAGCUUUUAUUCAGGAUUGUUCGCAUUUGGGGGUUGGAAUUUUCUCAAUUUUGUUACAGAAGAAUUGCAAGAUCCAUACAGAAAUUUACCAAAGGCUAUCUGGAUUGCUUUACCAACAGUUACAGGAAUAUAUGUAUUAGCAAAUGUUGCGUAUUUUGCAGUUUUAUCUGGAGUUGAAAUUGAGAGUUCUGCAGCUGUUGCUUUGUCGUUUGGAAUGAAGAUGUUCAACAGUGUGCAGUGGCUAGUUCCUAUAUUUGUAGCUCUUUCGACAUUCGGGGGCGUUAAUGGUAUUUUAUUCACAUCUUCAAGACUGUUUUUGACUGGAUCCCAAGAAGGGCAUUUACCAGACUUUUUAUCAUUCAUCCAUAUAAAGAGAAAUACUCCAAUUCCUAGUUUAAUAUUCACAUGUAUUACAUCUUUAGUUAUGUUACUAAUAAGCGAUGUAUUUGAGCUGAUAAAUUACUAUGGUCAGAUAUUAUGGCUUUCGAGUGCUGCAAGUGUAGUUGGAAUGCUUUGGUUACGCUACAAACAACCUGACCUGCCAAGACCAAUCAGGGUACAUACUUCUAUACCUAUACUGUUUUUACUAUGCUGUGCAUUUAUUAUCAUAUUUCCUAUACCAACACAACCUUGGAAUACUGUUAUAGGAUUAGCGAUAACCUUAUCAGGUAUUCCAGUUUAUUAUGUGUGCGUGAAAUGGAAACAUAAACCAGAAGGCUAUCACUCGUUUUUGAAAAAUAUAACCAAAUUUGUCCAGAAAACAAUGCGAGUUACCAAUCCAGAGGCUUCUGCAACAUUAGCACAUUCUUAAAUGUUUUUAUAAUUGUUAUUAAUUUAUUUAUUUGUUGUAUACAAGCUAAAGGUAUUUAUUGAUACUGCAGUUUCCAUUUUUUUUAUAGUAUUAUAUACAUUUUCUGUAUUGCGCAUGAAUAAAAAAAUAUUUAAACAAA